AUGAAGUCCUUCGUAGCCGGAGCCCUCGCUCUCGCGGGUGCCGCGUCCGCCCAGCAGAGCGCCUGGGGCCAGUGUGGUGGCCAGGGAUGGACCGGCCAGACGACCUGCGUUGCGGGCUCGACUUGUGUGGUGCAGAACCCCUGGUACUCGCAGUGCCUGCCGGGCACCGCCGCUCCUCCUCCGGCCAACCCGACGACGACGUCGACUCGGGCCGCGACGACGUCGACUCGGGCCGCGACGACGUCGACGCGGGCCACGACAACUCUCGUCACAUCGACGACGCGCGCCGCGCCUCCCCCGGCCACGACGACGGCGGCGGCGCCCCCCACCACCGGCGGCGCCUACGUCAAGACCAACGGCCUGCUCUUCAACAUUGACAGCGUGUCCAAGUACUUCCCCGGCACCAACUGCUACUGGUGCUCGGUGGGCGGGCUCUCCAACGCCGACACGGACCUUGUGUUCAACAACCUCAAGGCGAACGGGCUCAAGAUCCUCCGCGUCUGGGGCUUCAACGACGUCAACUCGAUCCCGGGCUCCAACACGUACCGCCGCUUCGUCCAGGCCGUCGUCAGCCGCUACACGACGAGCAAGGCCAUCUUCGCCUGGGAGCUCGCCAACGAGCCCCGCUGCAACGGCUGCAGCACCGACGUCAUCUUCGACUGGGCCAAGAGCGCCUCCGAGUACGUCAAGAGCCUCGACCCCAACCACCUCGUGACGCUCGGCGACGAGGGCCUCGGCAUUGCGGGCGACUCGAGCUACCCCUACCAGUUUGGCGAGGGCACCGACUUUGCCAAGAACCUCGCCAUCAAGACGCUCGAUUUUGGCACCUUCCACCUCUACCCCGGAUCUUGGGGUGUCUCGUACGACUGGGGCAACAAGUGGAUCAAGGACCACGCCGCCGCCUGUGUCGCGGCCGGCAAGCCCUGCUUCUUCGAAGAAUACGGCGCGCCCAACAACCACUGCGCCAUCGAGCGUCCCUGGCAGCUGACCUCCGUGGCGACGCCCGGCAUGGCCGCCGAUGCCUUUUGGCAGCUUGGUGAUACGCUGAGCUAUGGCAAGUCGCACGAUGACGGCAACACCAUCUACACCAACACGGACGACUGGACGUGCCUUGUCACGAACCACGUUGCCGCGCUUGGUUAA